GCCAGUGAGUGAGCGAGCGAGCGAGCGUCCCCGCUUUGGGCCGAGGCGCCGCCAGCAGUGAUGGAGGCCCCGGGCCCCCGCCGCACCCACCGCCAGCCCGCCCCGCACAGCCCCGGGCCCCGGCCCCCUGCACCCCGCCGCACGGCCAGGGGGCAUGACCCCGCACCCUUCAUCAAGCGGCGCCGCUCCAGCUCCCGCUCCUCCGGCGGCAGCGUCUCCCCGCCCGCACACUGGAAGGGCGGCUCGCCGGCCCGGAGCAGCCCCGGCCCCGGCCCCGGCCCCGGCCCGCAGCAGCAGCAGCAGCAGAGAGCGCGGCCCCACGACAGGAGCAGGAGGGAACGUCAUGAGCACCCACGACAGGAGCGCAACGAGAGACGCCACAGAGACCACUCGGAAGGAAAUGAGCACCGACGUAAGAAGGACGGUGACCGAGAGCGACGGAGAGAGGGCUCUGACCGCGGGCAAGCUCACGGCAAGAAGAACGGUGGGCCCCGCACAGAGCCUGGAUUGAGCGGUCGGGACAGGGAGGAUCUGAGUGAACAGCAAGCCGAGCGUGAAUUUAACAACGAUAGACGGCGCCAGAACCGUGACCGGUUCAAAGCACUGGGUGCUGAGAAUCCCGAAACUGAACCAAACAGUAGCCAGGCCAGUAGCGGGAAUGCUGCCCAGGUUAAAGAGGAGCCUAAUUUUGAGUUAUCCGGUGCCCUCGUGGAAGAUACAAACACCUUUCGUGGCGUGGUGAUAAAAUACAAUGAACCGCCAGAGUCCCGCAUCCCAAAGAAACGGUGGCGACUUUACCCGUUCAAGAAUGACGAGCCUCUACCAGUCAUGCACAUUCAUCGUCAGAGUGCCUAUCUCUUGGGUCGUCAGCGAAGGAUAGUGGACAUCCCCAUUGAUCACCCCUCAUGUUCCAAGCAGCAUGCUGUGCUGCAGUACAGACUAGUGCAGUUCACCCGUGGUGAUGGUACAACUGGCAGGAGGGUGAGGCCAUACAUCAUCGAUCUAGGCUCUGCCAAUGGCACCUACCUUAACAAUCAACGCAUUGAGGUCCAGCGAUACUAUGAACUCCGAGAAAAGGAUGUGCUGAAAUUUGGUUUCAGUAGCAGGGAAUAUGUAAUUUUGCACGAAUUCUCAGAUACUGCUGAGGUGGACGCACGACAAGAACAGAACGACGACGAUGAUGACGAGGAGGAGGAGGAGGAGGAGGAAAGUUAAUGUAAAAAAGCACCACCUGGCUGUGCAUUUUCAAAUUGGCACAACUGUUUCACUUCCCCUUGCAGUUAAAUUGUAACAAUUGGAAGGACCAACGGACAAUUGACCAAUUGAGUUCUUCUGUCCAAGCCAAGCCAACAGAAAGCGCAUAUUGACUCUUAAUUUGGAGUUUCAUAUCAACUCGGACAAAAUGCUGCCUGGCUAACAACUGAACAUGUAAUCCCUUCACACCAAAUGUUUAAAGUUCUGUUUUGCAGUCGAUUGUCAUGUUUUGUAACCUGAUGCAUUGUAGUAUUGAAGAGGCUCAGUAAAUGGUGGCAAAAGCCCAUGAAGUUACUGCGUGAGUUUAACUGAGCAGCAACUAAAGGGCAGCAUUGUCAAUGAUGUAGGAAUAUAUGAUGCUUUUCAUUGUCAUUUUGUUUUAUUAGUUUCAGGUUAUUCACUGGAGAACGAUGAACUCCACAAAUUUAGCUACAGAUUCUUUGGUCUGACAAAGUCAGAAAACAAGAAGUCAAAUGCGCUUGGGCUUUUUAUACACCUGUUGGCUUUUGCAAACUCUGAGAUAUUGAGUUGCUAGUCUGAAGGCUUUAAUUUCUUUUUCUAACAAAAGAUUGUGCACAAAUCAAUGUUCUUUCUAAUUUAAAAGCCUUGUUUUGUACAUGAGUUAUGUUUUACAAACAUUUCAGAUUCUUUGGGUUUUUGGAUAAUGUAUUUGUAAUUUAUGAACUUUACAAAUAACAAAUAUGAACAUUUCUUAUGUCUGAAUAUAAUCUGUCUUGAAUCCUUCUGCAAGCUGCAGGAUGUUUUUGCAUAAUAUGGGAUUCUCCCCUGAAUCUUAUGUUUCUUCCAGUCGCUAUUUUGGUUAGAGGUGAAAAUAAGGAUUUUAUUCCCAGUUAUCCAUGACACCUAAUUACCUAAAAGCGCUCAGCAAGGCAGGAGGUUUUUGGUUAAAAGCUUAUUUUUUGUUUCCCCAGCCAGAAGUGAGAUGUUAUUUUGGUUCCUCCUGGGAGCAGGAAGCAACAGGAAGCUCAACAAACCAUUGCACAAUGAACGUCGGAGGUAUAACCCUCUGCCUCUUCAUGAUUGAUUUGGGCACAGUCACAAAUGCAGCUGUACUUGUGCACAGUGCGAACCACAUGCUGAUGGAAAGGCUGUGACAUUCUAAAAAUGUUCCUAGUAAAUGAUACCCUAACCAAUACACGCAUUAUGGGUGUACUUUCUAUUGAGAGAUGUGUUAUUCAUAUGUAAUUGGCUAAAUUCCGGGAUAUCCAGAAAUUCAACUGAUUGUGGUUGGAAAAUUGGAUUAAAAUCUUGAAUUAAAAUGGCAACAUUGGUUGUCAGCAAAAUGAUGCCGUCAGUUUACAUCCACCAACUGAGCUUGGAGUACUUAAACUGCCAGCAUGAUCCGAUUGUGGUCUGUAAUUAUUAAAAUACUUGCAUUAGCAAAAGAACUAGAGAGAAUGGUUGUAUCAUUCAAAGUCACAUCUGCAUUAUAUUUGCAAUAAUAGCUUCUGACAUCUUAUGUUAGGAGGCAUAUAUUCCGCCAACAAUUAUUUUAAUUGCUAUUAGCUCUUGUGAAAGGCUGUGGACCUGGAAUGUUAACUCUAUGCUUCUCUCGCCACAGAUGCUGCCUGACUUAAUGAGUGUUUACCGACAUUUUCUGUUUUUAAAUAACUUUCAUUACAUUGAUGGACUUUCCAGUUAAGAUGCCUGGAUGUCCUGACCACCUUACUGUAUCUAACAUCUCCGUAUAAGAACUGCUUGGAGCCAAGAUGUUAAUUUAAAAUAUGGAUAAGGGGGAUGGAUUUGGAAUCGGUUGGCUUUAUGGAUAUGUAUUUCUAGUUGGCCUAUUACAUUGAUUUUGUUCCAAGGAAGUGGUUAUUACCCCUCUCGAUAUGAAAGAGCCUGAUGUUGAGUGUGUGCUUGGGAGGGACAGGGAAGCUGUGUGUUGCAUCUAAAUAGUGUGUUUCAUCAAUAAAAUGGAAGGCGGGUAGCAAACAAAUUACUGCUUUAAGUCUGUAUAAUUACACUGACGCGUGUAGGCCUUGAAAACAAACAUUCAGGGAAAAAAUUGUCUUUUUCAUUACUUAAAUUCUUUGUAAUUAAAUGCAUCUGCUAAAAUGUUCAUAGAUUUUCAUACCAAAGGGCUCAACUUUCCCCCUUUCCCCCCCGUACAGUUGCAUAGUGAAGUCAGGUUGUUGCUGAGCAACAGGAGAGUGAUAAUGAACCGCAGCACAAACCUAUUUGUUGCUGCAAUUUGUUAUUAAAUGGAAAGCUGUUUUAAAAUACUGCUCAAAAUUAUAUUUUGUUGUAUAAAGAAAACUGGUGUUCUGCCGAUUGUGAUUUUGAUUUUGUUACAAUCACUCCUACGUUUUUGGCAGUCUGCAUCAUUUUUAGUAAAGUAGAUUUCAAACAACA